AUGUCGGUCGACACUGAAGUCAAGCUCAGCAAGGAGGAGCGCCGCAAGCUCAAGGAGGAGAAGCGCGCCCGCAAGGCCGCCAAGGCCGAGGCUGCCACCGCUGCUGGCGAGCCCGCCACCGAGAAGAGCGAUAAGAAGGACAAGAAGCGCAGCCGCGACGCCGCGUCCGAGACGGCCACGCCUGCGCCGACGUCCUCCGAGGAGCCGAAGAAGAAGAAGAAAAAGUCCAAGUCGGGUGCCGCGACCCCUGUCGACACCCCGGACGCGACCACCGCGUCCACGCCCAACGAGACGGCCAUCGCCACGCCCGCCGAGGGCGAGGUCGACGCCGAGGCCCCCGCCCUGUCCAAGAAGCAGCUCAAGAAGCUCAAGGCUGCCGCUGCUGCCUCGGAGGCUGCGGCCGCUGCUCCCGCUGCUGCGCCGCCCGCGGCUUUCACUGCCGCCGACAAGGCGUACCUCGCCGAGCAGAACAUCACGCUCGAGCCCGCCACCUUCCCGCCCCAACUCGACAUCUCGACGCUGCCUGUGCGCCCCGAGAUCUCCAAGUUCCUCUCGGCGUUCCCCAAGCCCACCCCCAUCCAGGCCGUCUCGUGGCCUGCCCUCCUGGCCAACCGUGACGUCGUCGGUAUCGCCGAGACGGGCUCGGGGAAGACGCUGUCCUUUGGUGUGCCCGGUGUGAACCUGCUCGCCGGCCUCCCCGCCCCCAAGAAGGGCGGAAAGGGCAAGCUCGCGAUGCUUGUCCUCGCGCCUACUCGUGAGCUUGCGCAGCAGUCGUUCGACACGCUCGUCAAGCUCGGCAAGGGUGUUGGCAUCGGCGCCACGGCGCUGUUUGGCGGUGUGCCCAAGCACAACCAGAUCUUCGAGCUCCGCUCUGAGGGUGUGCGCAUUGUGGUUGGAACCCCUGGCCGUACCCUCGACCUCGCCGACGCCGGCGACCUCGACCUCUCGGGCAUCAAGUACCUCGUGCUCGACGAGGCUGACCGCAUGCUCGACGCCGGUUUUGAGAACGACAUCCGCCGCAUCAUUGCCCACUGCCCCGAGCACACUGGCGGCCGCCAGACGGUCAUGUUCUCGGCUACGUGGCCCGAGUCGGUGCGCCGCCUCGCCAGCACCUUCCUCACCAACUCGAUCAAGGUGACGGUCGGCUCGGACGAGCUCGCCGCCAACAAGCGCAUCACCCAGCUCGUCGAGGUGCUCGACAACCCCCGCGACAAGGACCACCGCCUGACGUACCACCUUCGCAACCACCUCAAGGCGCACCCCGGCACCCGUGUUCUCGUCUUUGGCCUGUACAAGAAGGAGGCGCAGCGCCUCGAGUACACCAUCCGCCGGGCGGGCUUCAACGUCGGUGCCCUGCACGGUGACAUGAACCAGAACGACCGCUUCAAGGCGCUCGAGGCGUUCAAGGACGGCAGUGUCAACGUGCUUGUCGCGACCGACGUCGCUGCCCGUGGUCUCGACAUUCCCGACGUCCAGCUCGUCAUCAACGUCACCUUCCCGCUCACCACCGAGGACUUUGUCCACCGCUGCGGCCGUACCGGCCGUGCCGGCAAGUCGGGCAAGGCUGUCACGUUCUUCACGGGCGAGAACCACGAGAAGUCUCUCGCGGGCGAGUUUAUGCGUGUCCUUCGCGACGCUGGCGCCGAGAUCCCCAAGGAGAUGGACCGCUUCCCUUCGACCAUCAAGAAGAAGGAGCACGGCAGCUACGGCGCGUUCUACAAGGACACUGCCGACGCACCUGCCGCCACCAAGAUCACGUUUGACUAG